AUCAUUAGAGAGAGCAUUCCGCUUCUCCUCUUUCUCCUCCACCUAUAAAUCCCUAAAAAUAUCGUCUCGAAACAGUAUCCACCUCUUCGUCUGUUUCUAUAUUACGCGUUGCGGCGUCUCUAGAAACGCCUCGAGACCUGUUGCAUGCUUUCUAUGGUGUUGUCAGUUCCCGAGGAUUCGUAGGCGGCGCGGUGCUUCAAGGCGACGUCUUUGGGGCCGAAGGAACUGUCUCCUCUGCUCCCAUCCUUUGCGGCUACCCCGAGGUUUGACAAGUACGCUUGGGGGUGCGUUUCUUUGUCCGUGGAAAGCUCGGUCUGUUGCGUCGAAAGCUGUGGCCUUUGUCGAUUUGCUAGUUGUUCGAUCAGGAAAGAUCUCGCCUUUUUGUGCAUCCUAUUAUUCCACCGUUGCUUGAUCUGGGAAAAAUUUCGACUUGGAGCCUUCUUAAUCGUCUGCUUUGCCCAAGGUUCGAUUUUUUGUUAAUCUGGUGAUGGAGGUUCUGAUUUCUGGAUAUCGGCUGCUUCCCCAUGUUUUCGCGACGUUUUCUGUGAUAUAUCUGAUUGGAUACUUCGUCGUCUUCUGCAAUUGGAGCCCAAAGUAUCGUCUGGAUGCAUCUAGUUGCUUCAUCUCUUUGUUCCAUGGCACGCCGGCCGUAUUCUUGGCCGUCGCUGCCAUCCUGAAUCAACCUGUUCGAGGAUUUGCCUCACCGAAUACCGACUUCCAAAACCUUGUGCUUGACUUCAGCAUUGGCUACUUCACCGUUGAUCUCCUCCACUACCUGAUCUUUAUCCCUGGAGACUACCUCUUUAUUGCCCACCACCUUGCAACACUCUUUGUGUUCGUCACCUGCCGCUACCUUGUUGCCCAUGGUGCAUUCUCGAUUCUGGUCCUUCUCGUGUUAGCUGAGGUCACCAGUGCUUGCCAGAACGUGUGGACACUGGCCAGAUUAAGGAAAGCAGAGUUGUCGGUCGCUGCAAAAAUACACAAGAAUUUGGCUCCUCCUUUCUAUGUUUUGUAUACGAUCAUGAGGGGAUUCAUCGGGCCGGUGUUCUUCUACAAAAUGAGCACUUUUUAUUUGAGUGGAAAGGCCAGCAAUGUGAUUCCCAUCUGGGUUUCUGUUUCAUGGGUCAUUGUGGUCGGUGGUGCGAUCUUGGUCAGUAUCAUGUGGAUAUCUAACUUGUGGUUGGAGCUCUUUAGAGAGGAGAAUGGAGAGAAAAAGGACAGAUAACUGUGAGGUAACAUUCUCCAGAUGGAUGCAUCAGCAUCAGGGAAAAACCAAAGACCUUGCUGAUGCAACUCAGCAAGAAGCCUGUUUGGCUUGACUUUGAUAUGGACUAGCAUCCAUGUAAACAGUAACAAAUGGAGCAAAAUCUGAAUGCAAGGAUCAGGAAAUCUGGAACAAGAGGAAUUCUCUAAAGCUUGAGGUGCAAGUAACACCUGAGGUGUUCAAAUUGUCAAUGUUGUUCAACUUUAAGCCAUAAGUUCUUCCAUGAGGUGUUCAAAUGAGUGGAAGUUCUGCAAGUUUCAACUGAAGCUGAUACCUAAUCUUACAUAGAAUUAUCGGAGUUACAAUGUGCAAAGGUGAAGCCAUACCAAGAUGGACUGAGUCAAGGUAGACUGAACCGAGGUAUUUGCCAAGUCGAAGGAGAGUAGGUUGCAAAGUCAGUUGAGUUAAACGAAGAUGCUCCACCGGGGACAUGGAUCACACCGAAGAGAAUCCUGCAAAAAACAAAGGAGGUAAGAAUGUGCCCGAUGAAAUCCUCCUCUAAUGUGAGUCAGAAUUCACUCCAAAGAUGAAAAUUAACUUGAGAUGGAGAUUUUAGGAGCAUAAAGCUAAUAGAGGAGAAAAACAGCUUAACCUUGUUUUGGCAGAGGCGGUUAUUCUUCUACAUGGCUGAUAUCUGAGAUCUAUAUCAGAAUGUAAUAAAAUAGUUGUGAUUUAAUCACAUAGCUAACAUCUAAAAGAUUGUAAUGAAUGUGCUGCCAAUGUGUGUGUCAUUGUUUGAUUCAUGCAUUCUAGGAUCCA